CCACAAAUUCUUUUCCUCUUGCCCCUUCCUGUUUUUUAAAAGCAGAAGUGUGCACCACACUCAAAAUCUUUUCAUUUCUUCCUAUGAAUCGACGUUUCUCUUUCAUUUGCAACUUGUUUGUUUACUAAGGGGCAAAAAAAAAAAAAAAAACAGCCUGCAAAUACCACUGCCUCCUUUGGUUUAUAGCUUCUAAAUCCAACUAGAGAACUAGGUUGUCUUCAUUUCCUCAGCUAAUUCACUACAAGUAAAAUCACAUGGAUUGGUAUCUCUGUAAUGGUAUGGAGGAUCUUGUUGUCCCCAGAAAUCAAGAAUUAGAAGAUAAUAUCCCUUCCCCAGAAAGUUGGUCAAAAUGGGAAUUCAGCCCUCCUGAAAAUUUUAACGAUGAAUGCUUUGGCGUGGAUACGAAUUUAAGUGGUGGUAAACCCAAGUUUAGCGGCAAAUUAUGCCCCGAUGUAGCUGGUGUUAAGGAUCCAUCGACCUGUUCGAGUGUAUAUGGAGGUUUCUUGAAUCAGGGUCACAUUUCUCAACAGCAGACGGAUUACCAGCUCCACGAUUUCGGCAGAUUCGAGCAGCUCGAUGACAUAUUCUUGUACUAAGCUUAACUCCUGGAAUUACCUUUCUUGCCUGUGGGAAAAUCAUAUAGUUAUGAAUAACAGAUGCUCGGACAUCCCAUGAUAAUUGAAGGGUUUGGAAGGGGUUCCUUACUGGAAGAUCCUACUUGGAGUGAAGAUCUUCAAAAAUCGUUUUGCUUUUCUCCUGAGUACGAGUGCGAGAUGAUGGCAACUGAUCAUGUUCUGGAAGAUGCAUCUUUUGCCAAAAUCUUGGUUCCUCCUGAACAGAUAACUGCAAACGGACUUGUCUCAAAAGGAAUGUCACUUGAAGAAUCGGUUUUGAAGGAGCUUGAAAAGGUGACGGCUCAGCUGUCUGAUAAGACUCGAAUUUGCUUCCGAGAUGCAUUUUACCGUCUUGCCAAGAACUCGAAACAGAAUCCUGUAGCAUUAAACCAACAAGGAAACCUCCAUGUUCGAACUCAUUCUCCGAAGUGGACAAUCUCAGAGGAGAAAAUAAGGUCUGGGAAAAAGGAAACAACUGAAUCAGAGACCAACACCAUCGAUCGAACUAUCGCGAACCUCACCUUCGAUAAGAUGGAUAUGAACGUUCGAGACUUUCCGGUUUGCCACACCCAACAACUCUAAGCAAAAUUGUCAUCGAAGUGACUGGAAAAGCAAACACGAGUUUCAAGUCAGUCGCUCAGAGAUCCAUUACGCUAAGCACGAAGUGAUGCCGGAGUUGCAGACAUGGAUAUGCCUCGAGACUGAUGCAACCGACAAGAAAUACCAUGACUUAGAAAGAAUGAUUGAAAGGGAUGCUGAAAGGAAAAGAUUUAGAUUAAAUUCGUUUGGGUGUGUUUCAAUCAUUGAAUAUGUGUAUAUGUUGCUGCUGCUCUCUGCUCGGCUCAGUUUUGAUAUAAGCAUUUGUAGAAAUUGCUUCGAAUUUCAUAGUACCAUGUGUUAAUUUUGACUCACCAUGAAUGUUACAUAAGUAUGUAUUCAAUUAGUGUGGCCAUACCAUAAUUGGCAACGCUUUAAUGCCAACAUGCUGAAGUUACCAAGACCGUUGUUUAACAUCAAUAAA